AAAAUCAAGGCUCCCCUAGUAUAUCAAAUUUUAAAAUAAUCGAAAAUCCCUUCUUUGUCUCUAGAUUCUAGGGUUUCUUUCUCUUCUUUGAACUUACAUUCAAAAGGGAGCGUUUUCUCUGUACACCGCUCCUGCUCUGCAGUAAUUUCCCGCUGAUUUUUCCUUUUCCCCAAACACCCCCACAGGAUAUUAACUCCAGGUCCUUCCACAACAAAACAUUGAGUUCCUUUCUCAAUUAUCCAAUGCAAGUCUCCAGUUGCACAGAAGCCAUUUCUGAUCCCUCUGAAAACCUUGAAAACCCUAGAUCCCCAAAAUCUUCAAACUCCAAUUUAACGAAACCUAACUCUUCCUCUUCUGUCAUCGCGGAUAAUGAGGAAGACGAAAAUAGUGGGAGGAAUGAUAUUAAUGUGGAUGAUGAUGAUGAAUUGGUUCUUGAUGUUACCGGAAAAAGCUUGGAUUUUGAUUAUUUAUUAGAGAAAGCUGAUGAUUCAUUGGAUGGUUUAUAUUUGUAUAAAAAUGUGUUUAGUUUGGUCCCAAAGUCUGUGGGCAACUUGGGGAAAUUGAGAACAUUUAAGUUUUUCGGGAAUGAAGUGAAUUUGUUUCCAAUUGAAUUUGGGAAUUUAGUUGGAUUGGAGCGAUUACAAGUGAAAGUGUCAUCUUUGGGGUUGAAUGGAUUGGGUUUGAACAAACUGAAAGGGCUAAAGGAGCUUGAGCUUUCUAAAGCUCCAUCAAGACCUUCUGUUUUCACAAUUUUGAGUGAAAUUGCUGGUCUUAAGUGCUUGACUAAACUUUCCGUUUGUCAUUUUUCUAUAAGAUACCUCCCUCCAGAAAUUGGCUGUUUAAAUAAGUUGGAGUACUUGGAUAUUUCAUUCAACAAGAUAAAGAGUUUGCCUAUUGAAAUUAGUCAUUUAAAUGCCUUGAUAUCAUUGAAAGUUGCUAAUAAUAGAUUAAUGGAACUGCCCUCAGCACUAUCCUUGUUGCAAAGAUUAGAGAACUUGGACCUGUCAAAUAAUAGGUUGACAUCUUUGGGGUCUCUUCAACUUGGAUUAAUGCAUAACCUUCAAAAUUUAGAUCUUCAGCACAACAAGCUUCUCAGUUGUUGUCACAUACCUGCAUGGAUAUGUUGCAAUCUCGAAGGAAACGGCUUGGACUUGUCAAAUGAUGAUUCCAUCAGCUCUUCUGUUGAAAUGGAUGUAUAUGAAACCACCAUUCAGUCUGAUCAUACAAAAUUUUCUUGUAAUGGUUCCCAGAAUGCUACAUCAAGCCUACUAACUGGACCUCCAUCAAACAGCAAGUGUUUUGCAGCACGGAGGUUGAAUAAGCGGUGGAAACGGCGGCACUAUCUGCAACAGAGAGCUCGCCAAGAACGUUUAAACAAUAGCAGGAAAUGGAAGGGUGAAGGACGUGCUGACUUAUCGACUCCAAAGGAAAGUAAAAAUUGCAAAUCAGACAACCUUGAUCUGCUGACCUCUGAAACCUGUGAAGAUGGCACAUCAGACAUCAUAGGUCUGGUUGAUAAUAAUGAAGAUAAGGAAGAUAAAGUAGUACCGUCUAGUGAAGUUGAAGCUGAAAAUUUACUUGUUAGUGGUAAGGAUGAUAGAAUGAAUUCUAAAAAGGGGUUUUACGUAAAAAGUUGCUCUCAUAACCCUGAAUCUGUAAGUAAUGGUGAGGAAGAUGAAUGUUGUGUACAUGAAAAAUCUUUGGCCUUAACACAGAAUGGAGUGAGUGGGGAGGAUGAGGGUUCAUCUUCAGAAAAUACAAAAUUCAUUUUAAAAUCAAAGAGGCAUUUUGAUGGGGCUCUUGAUAAUCCAAAACCAUGCAAGUGCCGAAGACCAACAGAAGAUAGCUUAAGUUUAUCUCACAAGUAUAGUGACCUAUCAUUCUGUAGCACCGAGGACCAUCUUCCAGAUGGAUUUUAUGAUGCGGGGCGUGACAGGCCUUUCAUGCCACUUAGGAGGUACGAGCAAAUUUUGCAUCUUGACUCACGUGAAGUCAUUCUUUUGGACAGGGAGAAGGACGAAAAGUUAGAUGCAACAGUUCUUUCUGCUCAGGCUUUGGUCUGUCGCUUGAAGAGGUUAAAUGGUUUCUUUGAGGAGGGGAACAAGGAUGCUGUUGAUGUCUUGCAGAUUGCAUCACUGCUUGCACUUUUUGUGUCUGAUCAUUUUGGAGGCAGUGAUCGAAGUUUUACUAUUGAAAGGACACGCAAAGCGGUAUCCGGUUCAAACUAUAAGAAGCCAUUUGUUUGCACAUGUUCAACGGGAAAUGAUGAAAGUAUUAAUACUUCCACCAAACAGAUUUUGGGCAGCGCAGAAGAUAUUGUUUUCUCUGACCUCUGUGAGAAAUCUUUACGCUCUGUUAAAGCUAAAAGAAAUUCCAUUAUAGUGCCUUUAGGGAAUUUGCAGUUUGGUGUGUGCAGGCACAGAGCCUUACUUUUUAAGUAUCUAUGUGACCGAAUGGAUCCACCAAUACCGUGCGAACUUGUCAGGGGCUACCUGGACUUCAUACCACAUGCCUGGAAUACCAUUCUUGUCAAGAGAGGUGAUUCAUGGGUUCGCAUGUUGGUUGAUGCAUGCCACCCCCAUGAUAUAAGAGAAGAGACUGAUCCAGAGUACUUCUGCAGAUAUGUUCCACUUAGUCAUACUAGAGUUCCCCUUUCCACCGAGAGCAUUCAUAGUCCUGGCUGUUCCAUAACUUCUUUUUCUACUCAUGAUGAGUUAGAAAAAACAGUUUUAAGUACUGUUAUUCAGUGCAAAUUUGAAUCAGUUGAAGCUGCAGCAAAGGUGCGUACUUUAGAGAUAUGUGAGACUCCAGUGGAUGAGAUUAGGAACUUUGAGUACAGUUGCAUUGGAGAAGUAAGAAUUUUACGUGCUCUACGGCAUCCCUGCAUUGUUGAAUUGUAUGGACAUCAGAUAUCUUCAAAGUGGAUUCAUGCGGAAGAUGGAAAGCCGCCACGCCAGAUAUUACGGUCUACAAUUCUUAUGGAGCAUGUUAAAGGAGGCUCUUUAAAGAGUUAUAUAGAGAAGAUGUCAAAAACUAGUAAAAAGCACGUGCCAAUGGAUUUUGCUUUGUGUAUUGCUCGAGAUAUUUCAUGUGCAAUGGCAGACCUGCACUCAAAACACAUAAUUCAUCGUGACGUGAAAAGUGAAAACAUAUUGAUUGAUUUAGAUAGCAAAAGAGCUGAUGGAAUGCCUGUCGUGAAACUAUGUGACUUUGAUAGAGCCGUACCUCUGAGGUCAUUCUUGCAUACAUGUUGUAUUGCUCAUAAUGGAAUACCACCACCUGAUGUUUGUGUUGGUACGCCUCGGUGGAUGGCUCCAGAGGUUUUGCAGGCAAUGCAUAAACGGAACCCAUAUGGUCUGGAAGUGGAUAUCUGGUCAUUUGGAUGCCUGCUUUUGGAAUUAUUGACUUUGCAAAUUCCAUAUUCCGGUUUAUCUGAGUUCCACAUCAAGGAACUUCUUCAGAUGGGUGAACGACCUCCUCUAACUGAUGAACUAGAGACAUUGGUAUCAAUGAAUGAGCCUGUAGCAACUCAGUCUGGCUCAGAUGUGGCAGCACCUGAGGCUGAAUCAGAAACACUGAGAUUCCUUGUUGAUUUGUUUCGUCGGUGCACAGAGGCAAAUCCAGCUAGCCGUCCAACAGCAGCAGAAAUCUAUGAAUUGUUGCUUGGAUGUUCAAGUGCUUUCACUAGUUCAAGGAGCUAAGAACAGGUUUAGACUAAACUUUUAGGUAAUAACUCAAAACUCCCAUAUCCGAAAUUUUUGUAUCCCUAGGAUGCCAAUUGACCAUAUUUAAUAUGAAUUACUUUCGCGGUCAAAAUGUUUGAGCUUCUCUCCUGUAGCUGUAAUACCAUGUCUGUAGCUGUAGGGUUAGAUUAGCAUCACAUGUACGCUUACAGUGUUAGGUAGGUCCAGGAGUUGGAUAUAGACUCAGCACCUUUUCCCUUCAUUUGAGAUCUGUAAAUUUUAUAGGUAGUGGUGUUCUUAGUUGUGGUAUAUUAACAUAUGUGCAAUGUAAUUUGUUACGAGACCUACUUAAAUUAUUAAAGCUCCCAAAUAUUGAUUUGUUUGCA